AUGUUUCUGAUGUGUACCUCUGUCUCGCUCCUCCUCACACACCUCUGUCUCGCUCCUCCUCGCGCUCCUCCUCACACACCUCUGUCUCGCUCCUCCUCGCGCUCCUCCUCACACACCUCUGUCUCGCUCCUCCUCACACACCUCUGUCUCGCUCCUCCUCGCGCUCCUCCUCACACACCUCUGUCUCGCUCCUCCUCGCUGCUCCUCCUCACACACGUCUGUCUCGAUCCUCCUCACGCUCCUCCUCACACACCUCUGUCUCGCUCCUCCUCGCUGCUGCUCCUCACACACCUGUCUCGCUCCUCCUCACACACCUCUGUCUCGCUCCUCCUCGCGCUCCUCCUCACACACCUCUGUCUCGCUCCUCCUCGCUGCUCCUCCUCACACACCUCUGUCUCGCUCCUCCUCGCUGCUCCUCCUCACACACCUCUGUCUCGCUCCUCCUCGCUGCUCCUCCUCACACACCUCUGUCUCGCUCCUCCUCGCUGCUCCUCCUCACACACCCUCUGUCUCGCUCCUCCUCGCGCUCCUCCUCACACACCUCUGUCUCGCUCCUCCUCGCGCUCCUCCUCACACACCUCUGUCUCGCUCCUCCUCGCUGCUCCUCCUCACACACCUCUGUCUCGCUCCUCCUCGCUGCUCCUCCUCACACACCUCUGUCUCGCUCCUCCUCGCUGCUCCUCCUCACACACCUCUGUCUCGCUCCUCCUCGCUGCUCCUCCUCACACACCCUGUCUCCUCUCCUCACACACCUCUGUCUCGCUCCUCCUCGCGCUCCUCCUCACACACCUCUGUCUCGCUCCUCCUCGCUGCUCCUCCUCACACACCUCUGUCUCGCUCCUCCUCGCGCUCCUCCCCUCGUCUGCUCCUCCUCACACACCUCUGUCUCGCUCCUCCUCGCGCUCCUCCUCACACACCUCUGUCUCGCUCCUCCUCGCUGCCCUCCUCCUCACACCUCUGUCUCGCUCCUCCUCGCUGCUCCUCCUCACACACCUCUGUCUCGCUCCUCCUCGCUGCUCCUCCUCACACACUCUGUCUCGCUCCUCCUCACACACCUCUGUCUCGCUCCUCCUCGCGCUCCUCCUCACACACCUCUGUCUCGCUCCUCCUCGCUGCUCCUCCUCACACACCUCUGUCUCGCUCCUCCUCGCUGCCGCUCCUCCUCGCUGCUCCUCCUCACACACCUCUGUCUCGCUCCUCCUCGCGCUCCUCCUCACACACCUCUGUCUCGCUCCUCCUCGCUGCUCCUCCUCACACACCUCUGUCUCGCUCCUCCUCGCGCUCCUCCUCACACACCUCUGUCUCGCUCCUCCUCGCUGCUCCUCCUCACACACUCUGUCUCGCUCCUCCUCGCGCUCCUCCUCACACACCUCUGUCUCGCUCCUCCUCGCGCUCCUCCUCACACACCUCUGUCUCGCUCCUCCUCGCUGCUCCUCCUCACACACCUCUGUCUCGCUCCUCCUCUCGCGCUCCUCCUCGCUGCUCCUCCUCACACACCUCUGUCUCGCUCCUCCUCGCGCUCCUCCUCACACACCUCUGUCUCGCUCUCCUCGCGCUCCUCCUCACACACCUCUGUCUCGCUCCUCCUCGCGCUCUCCUCACACACCUCUGUCUCGCUCCUCCUCGCUGCUCCUCCUCACACACCUCUGUCUCGCUCCUCCUCGCUGCUCCUCCUCACACACCUCUGUCUCGCUCCUCCUCGCUGCUCCUCCUCACACACCUCUGUCUCGCUCCUCCCGCUGCCUCCUCCUCACACACCUCUGUCUCGCUCCUCCUCGCGCUCCUCCUCGCUGCUCCUCCUCACACACCUCUGUCUCGCUCCUCCUCGCGCUCCUCCUCACACACCUCUGUCUCGCUCCUCCUCCGCUCCUCCUCACACACCUCUGUCUCGCUCCUCCUCGCUGCUCCUCCUCACACACCUCUGUCUCGCUCCUCCUCCGCUCCUCCUCCACACUCUGCUCGCUCUCCUCCACCUCUGUCUCGCUCCUCCUCACACACCUCUGUCUCGCUCCUCCUCACACACCUCUGUCUCGCUCCUCCUCACGCUCCUCCUCACACACCUCUGUCUCGCUCCUCCUCACGCUCCUCCUCACACACCUCUGUCUCGCUCCUCCUCGCUGCUCCUCCUCACACACCUCUGUCUCGCUCCUCCUCGCGCUCCUCCUCACACACCUCUGUCUCGCUCCUCCUCGCUGCUCCUCCUCACACACGUCUGUCUCGCUCCUCCUCACACACCUCUGUCUCGCUCCUCCUCACACACCUCUGUCUCGCUCCUCCUCACACACCUCUGUCUCGCUCCUCCUCACGCUCCUCCUCACACACCUCUGUCUCGCUCCUCCUCACGCUCCUCCUCACACACCUCUGUCUCGCUCCUCCUCGCUGCUCCUCCUCACACACCUCUGUCUCGCUCCUCCUCGCUGCUCCUCCUCACACACCUCUGUCUCGCUCCUCCUCGCUGCUCCUCCUCACACACCUCUGUCUCGCUCCUUCUUCUCCUCCUCCGCUCAUAAACAGGCAGUGUGA